GGCCCAUGAUCACCCUCCUCUCAGCCCACGGACAGGAAGUCGCUCCCCAGCCGCCCCGCCCCGCUCCCCAGAGCCCCGGAAGUGAUCUGCGGCGGCUGCUGCAGAGCCGCCAGGAGGAGGGUGGAUCUCCCCAGAACAGAGCGUUGGAGUUCUCCUCCUCCUCCUCCUCUUCCAGCCGCCCAGGCUCCGUCGCCACCCGUCAGACUCCUCCUUCGACCGCUCCCGGCGCGGGGCCUCCCAGGCGACAAGGACCGAGUACCCUCCGGCCGGAGCCACGCAGCCGCGGCUUCCGGAGCCUUCGGGGCGGCGGACUGGCUCGGAGUGCAGAUUCUUCUUAAUCCUUUGGUGAAAACUGAGACACAAGAUGGCCGCAAAUAAGCCCAAGGGUCAGAAUUCUUUGGCCUUACACAAAGUCAUCAUGGUGGGCAGUGGUGGUGUGGGCAAGUCAGCUCUGACUCUACAGUUCAUGUACGAUGAGUUUGUGGAGGACUAUGAGCCUACCAAAGCGGACAGCUAUCGGAAGAAGGUAGUGCUAGAUGGGGAGGAAGUACAGAUCGAUAUCUUAGAUACAGCUGGGCAGGAGGACUACGCUGCAAUUAGAGACAACUACUUCCGAAGCGGGGAGGGGUUCCUCUGUGUUUUCUCUAUUACAGAAAUGGAAUCCUUUGCAGCCACAGCUGACUUCAGGGAGCAGAUUUUAAGAGUAAAAGAAGAUGAGAAUGUUCCCUUUCUACUGGUUGGUAACAAAUCAGAUUUAGAAGAUAAAAGGCAGGUUUCUGUAGAAGAGGCAAAAAACAGAGCUGAGCAGUGGAAUGUUAACUACGUGGAAACAUCUGCUAAAACACGAGCUAAUGUUGACAAGGUAUUUUUUGAUUUAAUGAGAGAAAUUCGAGCGAGAAAGAUGGAAGACAGCAAAGAAAAGAAUGGAAAAAAGAAGAGGAAAAGUUUAGCCAAGAGAAUCAGAGAAAGAUGCUGCAUUUUAUAAUCAAAGCCCAAACUCCUUUCUUAUCUUGACCAUACUAAUAAAUAUAAUUUAUAAGCAUUGCCAUUGAAGGCUUAAUUGACUGAAAUUACUUUAACAUUUUGGAAAUUGUUGUAUAUCACUAAAAGCAUGAAUUGGAACUGCAAUGAAAGUCAAAUUUACUUAAAAAAGAAAUUAAUGUGGCUUCACCAAGAAGCAAAGUUCAACUUAUUUCAUAAUUGCCUACAUUUAUCAUGGUCCUGAAUGUAGCGUGUGAGCUUGUGUUUCUCGGCAGUCUUUCUUGAAAUAUUAAAUAAAGAGGUGAGAUGGGGGUGGGGAGUGGGAGGAAAGGCGACUUCCUCUGGUGUUUAUUAUAAAGCUUAAAUUUUAUAUCAUUUUAAAAUGUCUUGGUCUUCUGCCUUGAAAAAUGACAAUUGUGAACAUGAUAGUUAAACUGUACCACUUUUUUUUAACCAUUAUUAUGCAAAAUUUAGAAGAAAAGUUAUUGGCAUGGUUGUUGCAUAUAGUUAAACUGAGAGUAAUUCAUCUGUGAAUCUGCUUUAGUUACCUGGUGAGUAACUUAGAAAAGUGGUGUAAACUUGUACAUGGAAUUUUUUGAAUAUGCCUUAAUUUAGAAACUGAAAAAUACCCGGUUAUAUCAUUCUGGGUGUGUUACUGACACCAGGGGUCCACUGCCCCGUGUGUACUGGUGAGAAAAUAUAUGCCUAGCAUGGAGUACAGCUUUUGUAUAGAAAAUUCUUGAGAAGUAACUGUCUGCUAGGAGUCUGUCCAAAUUUAAAAUGUGUGCCAUACUCUGGUUCUUGAAAAUAAGAUUCCAGAGCUCUUUGAUCGCUUUUAAUAAACUGCAAGGUCAUUUUAAGUGAAGGGCCAGCCUAUACUUGUAAGAUAAUUUUCAACUGCGAGGAUUCAGCACGUUAUGUUUGAAUGAACCCUCCUCUUCUUGAAGAUGCUGGUCCCUGGAAAUCACUUUCUGCCAGUGGUGAGCAUGUAAGUGUUAAGUUUUUAAUCUGGGAGCAGUGGCUGGAAGAAAAUGUCAGUAGUGCUAAUGCAUUUUGCACUAGAACACUUCGGGAAAAUAUUCAUGCUUGCCAUCUGUUCAUUUCUAAAUUUAUACUCAUGAAGUUACAAUUUGAUACAGGAAUUAUUAGUAGUAAUUCUUGUCUGUUCGUGUGUAAUGAAGAACACUAGCUACAUUUUCAGAAGUUAACAUCAAGCCGUCAAACCUGGGUAUAGUGCAGAAAACGUGUGGCACACACUGACCACACAUUAGGCUGUGUCACCAUUGUGUGGUGCUCCUGCUGGAAGAAUUCUGGCACACUACUUGGGGACAUAAUUUCAGUCGGAAAUACGCCACUGUCAGAUUUUUUUCCCCCCUCUUUGCAGUGGGGCUAGGACAGUUGAUUCAACAAAGUAUUUUUUUCUUUUUUCUCAGUCCUAAUUUCAACAGGUCAAAGAUGUGUUCAGGCAUUCCAGGUAACAGGUGUGUACGUAAAGUUAGGAACUCACUCUUUAGAUAUUACAUCCAGCUUCUCAUGUUAAAUAUUUGUCCUUAUAAAGGGUUUGAGAUGUACAUCUUUCAUUUCGUAUUUCUCAUAGGCUGUGCCAUGUGCGGAAUUCAAGUUACCAAUGUAACACUGGCCAGCGGGCCCAGCAAUCUCCAUGUGUACUCAUUGCAGUCUUAUUUAACCAGGGGUCCUAACCACUAACAUUGUGACUUUUCUUUGAGACCUUUCCUCUCCUGGGUACUGAGGUGCUAUGAAGCCAACUGACAAAGAUGCAUCACGUGUCUUAGGCUGAUGCCACUACCCGAUUUGUUUAUUUGCAAUUUGAGCCAUUUAAAGACCAAUAAACUUCCUUUUUUAAAAUGUU